UUUUCUGGAUUGUCUUGGUUGCACGACAACUCUGGGGUGUUUUAUUCGGUAUAGUAAUCUUAAUAAGUCAGAAAUACUCAAAGCUCAGUUACUUUGGUUUUCUUUUUCCAUACUUGCACAUAGAAGAAUUGGGGAUUUUUAAAGGCUUUAGGCGAGGGAAGAUGGGCCCCGCCGACUUGCUGGAUGUGCCUGCCCAUCACACAUACUGCAGCUUUAAAAUAUUUUCAUAAUUUCCAGAAAUAUCCUGAACUUAAAACUACUACUGAAGGCAGUUCAACGGAAAAACAUGAGUACCAUUCUCUAUAUUUCCAUCGCCUUGGAACCGAUUCAAAAGAAGACGUUUUGGUUUAUGAACGUCGAGAUGAUCCUGGCUAUUUUAUUAAUGCUUGGGUUUCUGAUGAUGGCAAAUUUCUUUUUAUGACCCUUUCUAAGGGAUGUAAUCCAAAAAAUCAACUGUAUUACUUUGAUUUAACAACUCAAACAAAAAUUGAGGGGAAAUUGGAAUUUGCUCCUUUAUUCGAUAAAUCUGAUGCCACUUAUUCUGAAAUUGAUUCUGAUAAUAAUUCUGCGGUAAUAAUGACCAAUUUCAAUGCCCCAAUGUUCAAAAUUGUGCGUGUCAAGUUAGGCCAAGGAGCAGCUCUUAAUCAAAACGACAAUUGGAAAGUGAUUAUUGAAGAAGAUCCAAAAAGAAAAUUGGAUUGGGCUAUGGUGGUAGAUGGAAAUAAAUUGCUUGUUUGUUAUAUGGAAGAUGUUAAGAACACCCUUUAUGUUCAUGAUUUAUCAGAUGGGAAACUACUUUAUCAAAUUCCUUUUGAUAUUGGAACAAUUGCUGGGGUUUCUGGACGUAAAAAUAAAUCAGAAAUCUUCAUUUAUUUUACCUCAUUCUUCACACCUUCAAUUAUAUACAAAGGCGAUUUUGCCAAUUGUUCUUCAAUCUCAACUCCAAUUAAAUUAACUGAAAUGCGACGAACUCAAAUUAAAGGAAUUAAAUCAGAGGACUUCAAAGCAGAACAGAUAUUUUAUACAAGCAAGGAUGGAACUAAGAUCCCCAUGUUUGUUCUCCAUAACAAAGCUCUGAAAUUGGAUGGAAACAAUGGGGCAAUAUUAUAUGGCUAUGGUGGCUACAACAUAUCAAGACAGCCUGAUUUUUCCAUUUCCCGUUUACUUUUCCUUAAACAUUUUGGCGGUGUUUAUGUUAUUGCAAAUAUUCGUGGCGGAGGUGAAUAUGGAGAAAAAUGGCACGAAGGCGGAAUGCGUGACAAAAAACAAAAUGUUUUUGAUGACUUUAUUUGUGCAGCUGAAGAACUUGUUAGGCUUAAAUACACCAAACCGCAAAAAUUAGCCAUUCAUGGACAUUCAAAUGGAGGACUUUUGACUGCUGUAUGUGCACAACAACGGCCUGAUCUUUUUGGUGCUGUGGUUGUUGGAGUUGGGUAUUUUCAAUAUCUCUUUUUGAAGGUUUUUAAUUUAUUUUCUCAGUGUUCUUGA